AUGCUCCGCGCCGCCGUACUCCUCGCCCUCGUCGGCUAUGCAGCGGCCGCCUGCACCAGCGACGGAAAUGGCGUUUGCAUUAAUGUCUAUAACAAGUGUCCGUUCCCGAUUUGGCCUGGAGUUCAGGGAUCGUUUGUGCCGAAUGGAGGCGGAUUCCGUUUGAAUGCUGGAGACUCGAAGCAACUCCGUGUCCCCAACGGCUGGCAAGCUGCCCGCGUCUGGGCCCGCACCGGAUGCGAUGGAAAUAUGAACUGCGAGACUGGAGACUGCGGAGGAAACACCGAGCAGUGCAAUGGCCGUGGAGGCGUCCCGCCCGUCUCCCUCGCCGAGUUCACCCUGAAUGGAGCCGGAGCUCAGGAUUACUACGAUGUUUCCCUUGUGGACGGCUACAACAUCCCGGUGCUGAUCAUCCCGAUCGAGGGCACUUACCGCACGAACGGAGGCCAAUACGACUGCAAGAUGUCGGGCGGCUGCGUGCAGAACCUUGCCUCCAAUAUCUGCCCCGAGAAGAUGCGUGUCGUCAAGAACGGCCGUAUCGUCGCUUGCAUGUCCGCCUGCGAGGCCUUCAACACCGACGAGUACUGCUGCCGCGGAGCCCACGGAACCCCCCAGACUUGCCCGCCCACCCAGUACUCCGAGCUGUUCAAGAAAGCCUGCCCUGGAGCCUAUUCGUACGCCUACGACGACAAGACCUCCACCUUCUUCUGCCGCGGCAGCAACGGACCAUCUCCGGCGUACACCAUCCAGUUCUGC